UUGUAUUUGUUAAGAUUUCUUAUUAAAAUGGUUAUGUUAACAGUGUUAAAGAAAAGUCGGCGGAAGGAACAAGAAAUGAGAGUAUUAAUUCUUGGUCUAGACAAUUCCGGGAAGACAACAUUUUUGAAUAAAUUGUGUGGGUUUAAUAUAAAAACUGUUGAGCACAAUGGAUGGAAAUUAAAUUGUUGGGAUGUUGGGGGACAAAAAUGUUUGCGGCCUUAUUGGAGGAAUUACUUUGAGAGAACAGAUGCUGUUAUUUGGGUAGUUGAUUCUUCUGAUACUUCUCGUAUUGACAAUGACUGUAGAAGGGAACUUAAUUUGUUGCUAGAUGAAAGCUGUCUUCAUGGUGUUACUCUUUUAAUUUUGGCAAAUAAAUGCGAUCUAAAUGGAUCUCUUGAUACCGAAGCUAUUCAGAAGUUACUCAAAUUGGAGUCUAUAACAAAGCACAGAUGGCGAAUUUUUAGAACAAGUGCUUACACUGGCGAAAAUUUACUUGAGGCAUUGGAGUGGCUUUGUAAUGAUAUUUCUUCAAAGAUUUUAGUUGAAUAA